CACGAGGUGAUGCGAGACAAAAGCAAGGCAGUAGAAGACAAGGUGGCCCAACUGAUGGAGAGCUACACUGCCUCCAAGACCAGCUGGGACAAAGAGAAGGAAAUGUUUCUGGAUUGCAUCAAGACUGAGCAGCAAGACCUUCAAGCAGUGAAGGAGGCUUAUGAUGAGCUUCAUCGGAAACACACUGAAGUGUCCUCGCUGGCCAAAACACAGGCACAGCACAUAUCUGAACUAGAGAUGAGAAACAGCAGUCGGAGCCUCGGUGUUUCGGCCCAGGUCUUCCCUCUUAAUGAACCCAUCUCCAGCUCCGAGCUGCCGAGCUUUGGCAGUCUGCAGCACUUGGCCUCCUCUCAGACCAAAAACCCAGACUGUCUUGAGGACAUGGUUGUGGCUAAGCUAGUUGCCACAGGAGCAACUGGAGGACGAGAAGCCCUAAACUACCAAAAAGGAAUGAAUGAGAAAAAACAUGGAGGGAAGGAUGAUAACAACAAGAAAGAAGAGGAAAGAAAUACAGAGCAGCAGCGGGAUAGAGAAGAGGUCCAAGGAGAUGAUGUAAAGGAGAGAGGAAGUACUGGGGAAAAGAGAAGAACGCUCACGGCCCAAACAACAGAUAGAGCAGACAGACGAGAGGAUAGCCAGGGGUCAUCAGAGGAUGCAGAGGACACCAGAAGCCCUGAAACAGAAACAAGAGAUAGAGCAGAAGGACAAGGAACAGAUGGAGCGGAGGAGAGAGUAAAGACAGCAGUGCACACAUCAGAAACACAGAUACUGUCCCAGACAACUACUGAUUGGACUACCGAGAAGAGCAACGCACGGCAGGUCGUUGACUUCACGGACAGUCUCUCUCGGAAAGUCACUGAGAUGGAUGCUCACUCCAGCCAUGUGAACAAAGGGUGUGGGACUGGAAGAGAAGGACAGCUGCUCCACACCCUCGAUUCUGAUGAUAGCCAGAGUGUCCAUCACAGGCCUUAUCCCGACAGUCGAGUGCAAAACCUGCGUCGUGAUGAGGUCCAAACUCAAAACGCUGAGCCACUUGGUCAGCUGCCAAGUCAAAUUCAUCAAGUUUCUGAGAAAACCGCAGAAGAAGCGGCUGAUGUCCCCACUGAACCUUCAGAACCUCUGAGUCACUCGAGAAUUUGUACAAAUGCCGCGCCAUUAGCUGCUCAGACAGAGACAACUACAACGCAAACAGCAGCUGGUAAUCCCUGUGUCAUCACCUGUAACAUGAAGCCGACAGAUGAAAUGUGUGAUAUACAUGUGAAUGAAGAAUCUGUAGUUGUGAGAACAUGGGUUGAACCACAGCCAUUACCUAAAAGCCAGGAAAUCUCAGAGCAACAGAAUGGACAGCUCAGGUCUGUGGCAACUGGUGAUGGUGAUUCUAGUGAAGGUCAGUCAAAUGUGGACACACAAGAAGACCAUAACAGUGAGACGGCCCCUGUGGAAAAAUCGAAUUAUAAGGAUGUUUGCGUUGAUAUCACGAUGGACACCGUAGACGUCGAAUCUGAGCUGGAGUCCGUCAACUGUCAGCAACAUAAGAACAGUGUCAAAACAGAAGAGGCCACUGAAAGAGAAACUGAUUUGAAGGUGUCUGUCCACUCAACUGGACCCAGGUCGUCAUGUGAUUUGGUCUCGCUCCUGCAUCAGUUUGUUCAGGGAUCUGAGCAAAAUACAAGUGGGUCUGGUGGACGCCUCAGACAUCCUCCCAGCGCAAUACCCAUGUUCCCCAAAGGCAAGCACAGCAAAGUCCCCUUGGUGAUUACCAGGGUGUCGGAUCUGCUGGAUUCCUCCAGCGUCUCUGGGAACGCAGCCUCCUUGACGAGACACCAGCAGGGAGAGUGGAAAGCUUUGGGAGAGACCUGCAGAGAGACCACGGCAGCAGAUACGGGGAGCAGAGCCUCUCUGUCGAUCACUUCUUUUCCGGUCUCUACCUCCUCCAGCGCAGUCAGUGAACUGCCGUGGCAGGCCACCGCAGGGUGCAGCAGGGCUCCUACCUCAGCUGCAGGUCCCGUUUCAGAGUCCGACUGGGAACCCUCCUGCUCUCAGGAGAGGGAAGACCAGCAGUCAUCGAUCAGAGCCCAGAUCUCCAAAAUUGAACAGUUUCUCAACACAGAGAGACUCUGUCUGUCCAAAAGACGAAAAACUGACAACUGA